AUGUCGGGCCUCUUUGGCGGCGGAUCCUCCACAGCGGCUUCGGCCAGCAACCAGACGCAGGGUGAUCUCAAGAGCGACGUGCCUCUCAGCAACCCGCCGACCGACUCCAUAUCCGACCUCGCCUUCAACCCCGGGCAGAACCAGUCCGACUUUCUCGCCGUGGCCUCGUGGGACAACAAGGUGCGGAUUUACGAGAUCAACGGCCAGGGACAAUCAGAAGGCCGUUACCAGUACGAGCACUCGCAGCCCGUGCUCAAUGUCGACUUUUCACGCGAUGGCACCAAGAUUGUGAGCGCCGGCGCGGACAAGAGCGUCAAGGUCUGCGACCUCGCGUCGCAGCAGGAGAUUGUGGCGGGGACGCACGACCAGCCCGUCCGCACGGCGCGCUUCUUCGAGGCGGGCGGCAACCCCAUGAUCGUGUCCGGGUCGUGGGACAAGACGGUCAAGUACUGGGACAUGAGGCAGCAGGGACCUGCGGCAACGGUGCAAUGUCAGGACCGGGUGUACGCCAUGGACGUCAAAGGCGACCUGUGCGUGGUCGGCACGGCCGAUCGCUACAUCAAUGUUAUCGACCUCAAGAACCCGCAGAAGAUUUACAAGUCGAUACAGAGCCCGCUCAAGUGGCAGACGCGGGUGGUGAGCUGCUUCACCGACUCGGCGGGCUAUGCCAUUGGCAGCAUCGAGGGUCGGUGCGCGAUUCAGUACGUCGAGGACAAGGACGCCAGCUCCAACUUCUCGUUCAAGUGCCACAGAGACCCCGCCGUGAACAACACCGUCAACGUCCACGCCGUCAACUCCAUCUCCUUCCACCCCGUCCACGGGACCUUUAGUACCGCCGGCUCCGACGGCACAUUCCACUUCUGGGACAAGGAUGCCAAGCACAGGCUCAAGGGGUAUCCGAACGUUGGCGGAUCCAUCACGGCGACCGCGUUCAACAAGACUGGUUCCAUCUUUGCCUACGCCAUCAGUUAUGACUGGAGCAAGGGGUACCAGAACAACACGUCGAGCUAUCCUACGAAGGUCAUGCUGCACCCGAUACAGGGAGACGAGUGCAAGCCCAGACCAUCCAUGAAGAAGCGGUAG